AAAAGUAAGCCAAAUGUAACGUACCGAAGUUCCUACGUCUAUAUCUGUGUGUUUUUUGUUGGCAAUCAACAAUAUCGAUGUUAAUUUUUUAAGAAUCUAUAUUAUUUAUUGUAAAUUGUAUAUGAUACGGUAAAUAACGUCAUAGAAACAUAUGUGAUUUAUAGAAAUUUGUCUAUUCGGUUACGUUUCGUCGGUAAAGAGAGCUUAUAACAGUAAAAUGCCUGUCCCUAUAUAUUUUUAACUUUGUGAUUGAAAUAGAAUAUGUCAGAACGAAAAGUGGAAGUUAUUGAGAACGUGGAAAAACAAUAUCUUGAUGAAUCUCUUGCUAUCCAAUAUGAUGAUACAAUUGACGUAUCAAUUUUUGAUUUUAGUGACACUGAUAGAUGGUUAUCUGAACCUGUGCAAUGUUCAUCAAAAACUACAGUGUAUGACUUACAUGCCUGGCUGAGAAAUUCCUCAGAGAUGAGUUUACAAAAUAUUCCUACUGUUAAUAAAAGAUUUACUGAUACGAGAACAUUUACAAGGCCUAAAAAACGAAAUAGCAGAAUGAGCUUUGAAUCUAUCAUGGAAUCAUUGCCUCCUCAUUUACAAGGUGCAUGUAAAAUUCGAGACAAAGAAGCUCAGAAUUUGUAUCAAAAUACAUAUAAAAACCAAACCAAUGAGAAGAAAGACGCUGUACCUUUUAUGCUAAAGGCAACAAUGGGAGCUAAUCAUUAUGUUCCUGAUGAUAAUUUAAUUACAUCUGGACAAGAAAGUAUGGAAGCCUUUCUAAAUAUGUCGCAAUCAAAGGGAAUUGAUUCAUUUAUCAAUUUAGUCGAACCCGAUUUUGGUGAUACAUUAAUGAAUGUUUCUCAUCCUUCUGUUUUAUAUUCAUCUAUCACAUCAUUGACUAAUGAUAACACAUUAUAUAAUACGGACUACGAUUGUGCUAUUAACUCAGAUAAUUUAUCCCAUCCAAUGAUAGAUAAAUGUCAAUUUAUCAAAACUAAAAACCCAAAGCUUAAUUUGGAAGCAACUUUUUUAUCAAAAUUCAAUGAUAAAACUAUUUUGGAAAAUAAAAAUAAGGAUAAAGUUUCUAUAAAUAAUACAUUUAUUAGUAAACCAAGAAAUACUGAAAAAAUGAAUAUUAAUAAUAUUUACAAUAUAGACAUUCACAAUGAUAUGUCAUUGACGUCAAUGAAUGCAGAGAUAGAAGAAAUAAGUGCAAAUGUGUUGUCUUCCACAUUUACAAAUCCAUGUGAUCUUAAUGUUACAGUGAUAAAAUCAGAAAGUAAUGGAACAAAAAACUCAUUAGACACUACAUAUCAAUGUGUAAAUGUAAAAGAGGAAAAAAACAGUGCGUUAGUAACAAAUACAUCUGAUUCUUAUGAGCAAAAUGUUAAUACUGAUUCUAAUAUGGAAGAAGCUGCCACGCAAUGUUUAAACAUUACGGUUUUACCUGUACAGAAUAAUUGUAUAAAUCCGGUACCUCAGAUACCUGUUUCAUAUUCCAAUCAUUCUUCUAAACAUGAAAAUCCACUAAAUUCAACAUUCACCAGUAUAAACAAGAAUACGAAUCAAUAUCAAUCAACAUAUAUGAACCCUACAAGUUUAUCAUCAGAAGAAAUUCCUUCAUUAAGAAGAGAAUUACUAACAGAAAUUCAACGGAGUGGGAAAUACAAGCUGCAUUCUGUCUAUAGUAAUACUUCCAAUGAACCUUGUACUCAGUUAAAGACAAAUGAAAAUAUUGAUGUAACUUAUGAUUCAAAUCUUAUACAGAAAAGUAAUAUUCCUAUUGAAAACAAAUACAAUACAUAUAAAAAGCAAUCUCCAAAAGAUCAAUCUAAUAGUAAAAAUGAAUUAUCAGAUUGUAAUAUAGUAACAUGUACACAAAAAGAUUUGCAGAGUCGUAAGUUUUAUACUUUUACAAAAAAAACUAGUAGUAUCAAUGGGAAGAGCAAUAUAGAGACUAUAGAGCCACCUAGUAAUAUGGAUGCAACAUUUUGUAAGCCGGUUUCAAAACCCCCAAAGAAAAAAUUACAUGCGCCAAAAAAAUUAUCUAAACUGCCACAAUUCUUGCAAAAAUCAAAUCCUAAUCUUUUAUCAAAUACAACAAAAACUAUUGAUACAACUGGAUUUUCAUAUUUACCUAACGUGAGACAAGUGAAAGGUUCAUGUAUUAAUACAAUAAAAGCCAUAGCAAAUCCAAUGACAAAUAUACCGUAUUCUUUGGGAAAAUUGAGAAGUGGCUCGGAACAACGAUUGCCACAUGUUGACAUUAAUACAACAUUUCAAAAGCCAAAUUCUGGAGGAUCUACAGAAAGUAUAGAUAGCACUCAAAGUGCUCAUAGUGCUCCUGACUUAGAUGAUAGACUUAGUAUGUGUUCUGACAGUAGUCAUAAUUCAUAUAAUGUACGUACAACGAAUAUGGAACAAUUGCAUCAAAUUGUAUAUACACAAGAAGAGGGUUCUAAACAUGAAUCAACACCAAAACCAAAGAAACACAUUUUACGUAAUAAUUGGAUCGAUGAAUUAAAGGAUCUACCAUCUCCAAUUUUAAAACAUAAUGUAGAGGAAACUGAGAGCAAUUCUAGUUCACCACUUAGUAUAGAUUCAACAGUUAAGACUAGUUCCCCGAUAAUAAGUCCAACUGGAUCUAGUCAAGCUAUAAACACCAAUGGAGAACAUAAAAUGUCAAGUAAUUUGGAAGAAAAAGAACAGGAAAAUGCUGUUGCUGUUGUGAAGCAGACAACAAAUAAAUUAACUAAUAUGACAGAAAAUAAGACUAGGCUUAGACAGCCAAGUAACUGGAAUACUGGAAAUAAACCAGUUGGUACAGUAAGUGGUAUACCUAGACCUCCGUCGCGCAUACCAGCUUUUAGAUUUGUAAGGCCAAACGUAAAAACUACUCAAGGUGAUUUAAAAAAAGGGUGUCUGUGAAACUAAAUAUUAUUUAAAGGAAUUGCAAUAGCAAUAUUAUUAUGUGUGAGCGUUUUCAUUUUACAAGAAUUAUUACUGCGAUCAUUCGUGCACAAAAUAUCGAAAAUUUCCAUUAUAGGUAAUCAUUUAAUUUAUAUUAACAUAUUCAGUAUUAUUGAGCUUCCAGGAAGUGUACAGUUCCUGCUCAAUCGUUAUAACACAUAUCACAUAUUAAAUUUACGUUUAAUUUCGGUUUUACACAAGAUUUUAUAUGCAUAUUCAUUCACAGAAAUGUUAUAUUUGCUAUUAGGAAAUAGUAAGAUAAUUUUUUAUACGAAUAUUUACGAAAAUAAUAAACAAUGCAUAAACAAUGCAUAAACAAUGCAUAA